AUCUCGCCGGUGAAUGGAGAUGAAUGAACAAUAGCUGCUUCGAGUGCUUUGCUUCAUUUUUUGAAUUUGUCCACUUUUCAAACUAAUAUUUUUUGGAAAUAUAGUGACUUUAAUUCAUUCAUUUAUAAAUCAUCGUGUAAGCGCGCCAUGGCGAUAGCUCACGUCGCAACAGAAUAUGUUUUUUCGGACUUUUUGUUAAAGGAUCCCACAGAAGCCAAGUACAAGGGAAUGCGAUUAGAGCUUGUCGCGGACAAAAUAGUGACGUUUCUGGCCGUGGGACUACCUUUGUUUCUCAUCUCACUCGCGUUUGCGCAGGAAGUGUCCGUGGGUACACAAAUCAGCUGUUUUGCCCCUACUAACUUCUCAUGGAGACAAGCAGCAUAUGUAGACUCCUUUUGCUGGGCAGCAGUACAACAACAAGCUGACAGUUCACCACUAUGGCUUCACAAGUUCUUCCCAUAUAUUCUGUUGUCACUGGCUAUCCUUGUGUACAUUCCUGCCCUUUUCUGGCGCUUCACUGCAGCCCCACAUCUUUCAUCGGACCUCAAAUUCAUAAUGGAGGAGCUUGACCGCUUUUAUAAUCGUGCCAUCAAACUUGCAAAAAAUCUGGCAUCUUUGGAUGCUCAAGAUAAGGAUGUUUCACCGGACGCACAAAGCAGUGCUCUGGAGCUGACUGAGAGUUGCUUCAAAUACCCUUUAGUUGAGCAGUAUCUAAAGACCAAGCGUUUCUCUCACCGCCUUGUCAUCAUGUACUUGGCAUGCCGGGGAUUGACUCUACUCGUCCUGCUCCUUGCCUGCCUUUACCUGGGAUACUACAUCCAACUGGCCUCCCUUACCGAUGAGUUUUCGUGUGACCUGCGCACAGGGGUGUUGACCAACGACAGCAGAGUACCCUCAGCCGUCCAGUGUAAACUCGUGGCAGUGGGGGUCUUCCGGUUGCUCAGCUAUAUCAACCUUGGGGUUUAUGUGCUGCUCAUUCCACUGGUGGUGUACGCCGCUGUCGGACCUGCGCGACAAAGUUCCAACUUCCUUCGGCCUUAUGAGAUGCUGCCAGGCUUUGGUGGUUUGGGCGUCAUUACACCCUUCUACAAUGACCUCAGCAUCUACCUGCUGUUUUUGCAGGAGAACCUAAGUGAACUGAAGUCCUUCAAAUGCCUGCAGGUGCUUGAGUUAUUGCAUGAAGCUAGUGAUGAAGGGUUUGAUGCCAUGUGCUUACUGCGAACUCUGGGCCAGGUCAAGACAGAUGUGUUGGAUUGUAAGAAAACAUGUCCACGAAGUAAAUCAAAAGAAGUUACAUCGUGAUUCCACUGAGCUCUUUCUACCUCCUUGACCAAGAACUGCUGCGACCAAACACUGACCUGCCUUCGACUGAUUGUUUGGAAUGUAAUGCAUUUAAAAUAGUACAUACAGGCUAUUUUCAUUUGUUAGAUGUCACUUGAAUUUAAUCUGCUACAUUCACAUAACAUUCUUUUUCAAUAACUGCUCCUAAUCCAUGAUGAAAAAGCAAGCACUAUUCGCAGUACGAUUAUAACAGUCUGUCUCCAGUGCACGAUUGCCUAGUGGUUAGCAUGACUGUCUCACAUUUAUGAGGUUCAUGGGUUUGAAUCUUAGCCCUAGCCUUCCUCUCAUGUUGAAAUGCAUAUCCUCAGUGUUGGGAAGGUUGAAGUAAAAAGAAAAGUUAAACCUUCUACACCAAAUAGUUCAGAGUUCAUUUCACAAAUUGAAAAUUUUAGACUAUGUUCAAUGUUGCAAAAAUGAACAGGUUCAUAGUUCCUUCUUACCUCCAAGAAUUGCUGUGAACUACAUUAGGUUGACAUUUUUUUUUUCAAUCAAAAUCUCUUUAUUUUUCGCAAUAGUAGUGCAUGGAUUUCCAGUAAAAAAAAAAAAGACAUGAGAUGAAAAAUGGGACUGAAAUCCAACACACACACAGAUAAAUGAAAAAAACAACAACAACAAAAACCAAAAGAAUUACAAACAAACAAAAAAAAACCCAUAAAAUUAAUCCCCCGUCACUGCCAGUGAACUUCAUGGCCAUUGAACAUUGAGUUUUAGUAAUGGUUUUAGAUCAUAAGAGUCAAUACCAUAAACAAAAGAGAUGCCAAAUUGUGGAAUGCCAAGGGCUUAAGAGGACUGACAUAUGUUUAAAAAAGGUCCCCAGGCACGUAGGAAUCUCCCAUUAGAAUAAUAGAGAGAAUAUCUGAUCUUUUCAAUUUUCAAACAUGUCGUUAAGGUCGUCAGCCACCUGAGGAAGACAGACCUACAAGAUGUGAACUCUGUGGACCACUUUGAAUUGUAUUAAAUUAUGACGAGCACACAGAGAUGAGGAAUUGACUUGUUUUUAGACGGAUAACCAUGUUUCCUCAGAGAAGGGGGUACCAAGGUCCCCCUCCCAUUCAGCCCUGAUUCUAUCCAUAGAUGCAGUCUUCAGGGCAAACAUCAUGCUGCAAAACACAGAGACGGGCCUCCUCUGUUUUGGAUUUGAGGAAAGAACUAUGUCAACAAUAGUCCUGUUAGAGCUUAGCGUGGUGGGCAAGUUAGAAAGUAUAAAAUGUCGAAUUUGUAGAUAACGGAAGAAAUUUGCCUGUGGAAGUGCAAAAUUGUUACGUAAUUUUUGAAAUGAUGCCAAAUUGUUAUCAAUAAAUAAAUCUUUGAUUGAUAAAUCUAUUCCCCUCAGACUCCACUCUUUAAAGGUGGGGCCAUUGAUUGAAGAUUUGAAAAAAUGAUUACGUAAUAUUGGGCUUGAUGGUGAGAAGUCAUGUAAAAUGAAAAACUUUCAGAACUGAGACCAGAUCCUGAGUGUUUAACCACUGGAUUCUUUAAAGAUCUGGUUGAGAGUGGAAGAGAGGAGCCAAUCAAUGCAGCCAGGGAUACAUCGUCCUCUGACCUUAACUCCAUUGCCACCCAGUCAGAAGGAUCUGAGCGAUUAUGGAAGUGAGACCAGAAUGUGAGACAUCGAAGGUUGGCCGCCCAAUAAUAAAAAUGGAAAUUAGGCAAAGCCAGACAAGGCUGACAUUUUUUAUGAAUAUAUUAUUUCCUGUGUCAUUGUAUAGAGUAACAUAACUUUUUUAAAAACUUUGGUGCGGUAUUGAAAUGUAAUCUUGAGUGUAAUAUUUAGACAACAAAAUGACAACGAGCAACAAACUAUCGUGUGAGUGUGCUGUGCAUGCUAACUCCUAACCUAGAGGCAAUGCAUGCACCAAUAAGUCCUGCGUUUAUGACAAGAGUAACAUUGCAUAUAAACUCAACAUCCCACAAUGCACUGAGUGUGAAGAAUGGACCAAUCAGAGGUUGGUUGGAACACCUAAAACUAGUAAAAUAAACAAAAAUACACAGAAACAGAGACCAUACUUCAGAUGGAAAUGAAUUUAUGAUAGAAUAACUAAAAAUACCUGAGCAUCCCCAUCCCUUACCUAGGUCAUAACUGCAUAGAAUUAUUAAAAUAGGAAAUGAGCACUUGUGACUGUAUAUUUUGAGAGGAUUCCUGACAUGUUGAUUGAGCAUCAUUUACAAAUAUGAUCUUUGAACACUCUGUGAUAUUCAUGUCAUGGUAAUAGAACUUUAAGGUGGUAAAGGAGGUAGGCUAUUUAAGGAACAUUUAACGUGAAAUGUGAAUUUUAUACUUAGUGAAAUAUUUUUGCCUUUUACAUUGGAAACGCUUUACAUGACUUUCGACUCAUUUUCCUGUGGUAGGUCUUAUAGGAACUAGUUCAUAAAGUUUUAUUUCCCGUUAAAAUCAUUCAGGUAUAACGAUGCAUAUCACCAUAUGAAUACUGGAUUAAUUAGGUCGAGUUUUUUUAUUUUAUUUUUUUAAAUAUAAAUUUAUGUUUUGACAUUGUAAUAACUCAACUGCCGUACAACACAGAAUCGGUCUUCAAGUGUCUGUUAUGUAUUCAGCAUUGUUUCUUCUAGAUGUGAACAAUGGUGAAGUUGAGAUAUAAUUUGUAGAAAUAAAUAGAAAGUUAAUAUUUUUCUCAAAUAGCACUUAUUACUUUUCUGAGGUGUAUAGUAAAAUGCCUUCAUAACACUUGUGUAUUCAGACAAUGCUUCUGUAACUAACUUUAUAGUAAAUUCUUGUGUAUUAAUAUUCUAGCUGAGAGCCUAUUUAAUUACUUGCCUUAAGUAAUGUUUGUGGCUUCAAUGAAUUCAUAACUCUCAACUAUAGGAGUGUAUUCAGUCAUAAGAGACAUAAAUGGAGCAUUAAUAGUCAACUGAUAUUUUAACCCCUGCACUUACUAUUUAAACUUGAUGGAAAGUUAAAAUUAUGUUUUUCGUAAAAUUCCACAAAAAAUGUACAUGUUAAAGUACCCAAUACAGUAAUGGGACUAUGGAAAUGACAUCAAUGUAAUUGUAUUGUACACUCAAUUAAAAUGUUUUUCACUAUAUUGCUGUUUUCUUGAUAAAGCCUCCCACACAUUUAUUUAAUUCCA